AGCCAAUUCAUUAACUGAAGUCAACCUAAACUUGUAACAACGGAGAAAGGGAUGUCUACAUAAGUUCGUGCUCCUCUCGACAAUCAUGCUCCCUGCUUAUGCUUCUCUCGAGAGCUCGAUAACACCUGUGCUCAUUGAUCCUAAUGAUGAUGAUUCUUCACUCAAAAAUCUACAUCACCCUCGUGGUCACCCUCGGUAAUGUUAUUUUAUUUUUCGUCGACAAGCUUUGGCGAGAUUCAUGAUGACGAAAGAAACUGUUCGAAUCUAACAACUCGAAUAUUACCAAGUCUAUCAGCAAGAAUAAAUCUGUCCAAAACAAAUGAUUUAAUUGCGGUUCAAAUCCCGAAGAGUUGCCCUGACGAUGAGGUCUAGGGACCUUCGUAGAGAUGAGCUAUUGCACACCGACCAGCUUGAUGUGAACCCGAAAACCAUCCAAUUAUUCCCAUAUCAAAUUGGAUGAAGUUCAAGGGCAUUGCUCCAACCAAAACCUCGAAUGACGAAGACACUGAGGAUGAAAACGGAGUGAUCGAGCACACUCCUGUUUCAAACCUGAAAUAUUCAAAGACUGCCAAAAACGGAGGUGAAAAGACCGCAAAUGUUGAUGAUAGAGAUGAUUCUAAUGACGAUGGCGUACGCAAUCCUGGAGACGGCGAGAUUAGGAGAAGGAAUGUCCAUACAAAUACCCAUAAUCAGACUGGACAGGGAAAUUUACCCAAUCCUCUCGGUCCGAUUGCCAACAACAGACAAAGAGAAGCAUCCCCAGUUCCCAGUGAUAAUAACGAGCAUAGGCAACAUCCACCUAAUGUGCAAAACCAGAAUGAAAGAAGAGCAGCUCGUGAUGUAUUGAAUCCACAAGAUUGGUUGGCGCUCCGGAAUUUACUCAAACAGAAUCUUAGACAUCAACGACAGGCAGUUCAGGAUGACGAAGAAGCAAUGUUUCUGUAAGGAAAGAAUUUCCUCGCAAUUUCAAGAGAAGUGAAAUGCAUACUGCCAUCAAUGCCAAAUUAUCGUCGAUGAGAAGAGAACAACGAGUGGCUGAUGAACAAGCAACUGCUGCCGCGGCCGCUGCACUAGUCCCUCCAGCGGCAAUCAUUUAAUGCUAACGCUUAGUGACAAAGUAGAGGUCUUCCAUAAGGAGAUUCUCGUCCAUGAGUCUGGAGACAUCUUUCUUCACUUUUUUUUUAAUGGUUUUUAUGCAAAAUGUUUGGUUCAAUUGAAGUUUAUUGAUCUAUGUUUUUUUUUAUGAAAAAGUUUGUGAAAUAAUUGACAAAAAAGUUAAGAAGGAAAAGUACUCCCAUGACGAUUUUCAAUCGAUCGCACGAAAAAUAUAACGUUAUUUUUUUAUCGUCUCCGUCUUUGAGAACCAUGUUUUGAGUUAACAGUUGUUUGUCACUCCAUUUAGUUGCGUGAGGAUGUUUAAAUAGUUUAUUCUUCUUAGUGAAUAUGAUAAGGGAAAUAUCUUCACUACAGUCAAGACAACUGCAUGUCAGUCUCAUGUUACUAUGCGUACGUUCGUCAAAGAUUUCAGUAUUAAAAUAUGAUAUCUUUUCUAGUUUCUAUGAGAAAUAAUUGGCUUUGUUAUAUGAAUGUUGGAUUUUUUCAAGAUGUUAUUAGCUUAUGAACACCAAUAGAUUAUCUUUUGUCGAAUAUGUUGUAAGAAAUAUCUUGAAUAUUAUGGUUUAGUUUGGGUAGUCAGAUUACUUGAAAGUGGUUUAAUUACACGUUUCAACUACCAAUAUGCUAAGGAAAUUUCCUCAUGAGAAAACCAAAUAAUUAUAACUUUUGUGAUUUUGUCCCAAACCCUUGGAGGCAAUGACAUUAUCCUAGUACGAUAAAGCUGAAGCUGUCAAAUUUGGGCAUGUAACACUAUGUUGAGUAUG